ACCUAUGGGAGCGCAGGGAAGGCAGAAAGGGGGAGGGCAGAAUAAUCUGAGGCGGACUUGACUCCAUUUGUAAUGAAGGAUCUGAGGAGCUGGGGGUCCAGAUCAGGGCUGCCUCUGCGUCCGCGAGGGCAACGAGGAGAGGGGAGCGAGAUAAGUGAGGAAGAAAUCAACAGCCGCUUUGAAACGGAUCAGCAGCCUCUCCGCUGUGGCCGGAGGUGACGGGAGGCAGCGGAGCGGACGAACCGCGGUCCUCCGCGCGUUGGGGGAGACGGACUGCGCAGCGAGGAACGAACCCCGUUGAUAUUUGAAAGCUGCGCAGGGAACAUGGUGGAUAUUUGACAAGCUACACCGCGGCUACAUUUGGACAGUUUUUUUUUUCUAAAAAAGAAAAGUAAUUCAAAGGGAAAUCGAAGCGAAGCUGCAGAGCGCGCAGGAACAGGAUGAGCGUGUGUUUUGCAGCGAGAGCAGAGCAGUGCGUUUGAGUGGGACAUGGCAAACGGAGGGGAUCAGUUCGGCCUUGCAGAGCGUCCGGACUCGGACUGCAUGGAUUCCCCAAAAGAAACCAAACAGGAAAAUCCCAGCUUCACCUUAAACUCACCAACUUCACCGCAGACUGCGUCCAGUCAGCAGGGGAUGGAGGGAAUCAAAGUUUUCCUUCAUGACAGGGAACUCUGGACCAAGUUUGAUGAAGUGGGAACUGAAAUGAUCAUCACUAAAGCUGGAAGGAGGAUGUUCCCUAGUUACAAGGUGAAGGUCACAGGCCUCAACCCAAAAACCAAGUACAUACUCCUCAUGGACAUUGUCCCCGGGGAUGACCAUCGCUACAAAUUCGCAGACAACAAAUGGUCGAUAACGGGAAAGGCAGAGCCCGCGAUGCCGGGGAGGCUCUACGUGCACCCGGACUCUCCCGCCACCGGAGCCCACUGGAGCCGCCAGCUCGUCUCUUUUCAGAAGCUCAAACUCACCAACAACCACCUGGACCCCUUUGGACACAUAAUACUCAACUCCAUGCACAAAUACCAGCCUCGUCUGCACAUCGUGAAGGCGGACGAGAACAACGGCUUCGGCUCGAAGAACACAGCGUUCUGCACCCACGUCUUCUCUGAGACCGCCUUCAUCGCCGUGACGUCCUACCAGAACCACAAGAUUACGCAGCUGAAGAUAGAGAAUAAUCCUUUUGCGAAGGGCUUCAGAGGCAGUGAUGACAACGAGCUGCACCGCAUGGCCAAGCUACAAGGCAAGGACUACCCGGUGGUCCCCCGCAGUACUGUCCGUCAGAGAGCCUGCUCCGCCGGGAGUCCCUUCAGUGGAGAGGGUCGGGGUCUGAGGGGCUCUCCUGAGGCCGUCGCGUCCCCCUACAGCUGUGAGAAUGGCCUGAGCUGCAGCAGCCCCCAGGAACUGCUGAAUGCUCCCCCCGCGCACCCCUACACCCUGCCCCAUCCUCACCUGCAGCACGGCCAGCAGACGCAGGUCUACCACUGCACCAAGAGGAAAGUGGAGGAGAACUGCCCGUCAGGAAACCGCCAACACCCGUACAAGAAACCCUUCACUGGUAGCUCACCAAGUGAGGGCGAGUCUUACUACCACCCCUCCUCCUACCCUCCUCCUCCCCCCGGUCUAGCCAACAACCCUGCCCUGGGUCUCACUGACUCCCCCUACAGCUCAGACAUGGGACAGCGUCAGGCGUGCAUGUUUGCCGGCUCAGAGCCCAGACUGGAUGAACUCAGCUGUGCAUCCUGGUCGUACACCUGUCCACUCCCCUCUGCCAUGACCCCCAUGGAACCCUACCCGCCUUACACCCCCCAUCCUCCCUAUAGCUCCAGCCCUCAGGGCUCUCGACUCAGCGCCAUAGCCCACCAGAGCUCUCCGCCGCUGGGGGAGCACAUCGCCCAUGACCCCUAUCAGAGCCAGAGCUCCGGACCUCCGUCUCAGAGCUCCCAAAACAUUCACAGCAGGCAGCUCAGCCCUCCUCUCAGAGAGUAUCCUCGCUACACGCCCAACCUGUCUCCUCCUUUAUACCACACACUAGAGACACACACACACAUCAGGUGCGGAGUACCAGAGUGGAGUGCAGCCUCCUAACUGUACCUGAAAGACUGAUUCAGAGAGUCUCAAACUCAAUGACCCUUCUCUCUGCUCUUCUGAAAGUUGCUGCACCACAUACAGACUAAAUAUGAUAUUACCUUUGUAACAUAAUUGUGAAAAGUGUGAUCUUGUGCCGUGUGAAGAGGUCUCAUCUGUUAGCCAUGUUUCUCCCCUGUGCUGGAUGGAGCAGUGGAUUGUUAAAGACCUGGACUUGAGCAUCCAUGACGCUUCAGAUGUUUUUUUUUUUUUUUUUUUUAAAGGCAGCACAAUCAAAGUUGCAGUUUAUCAUCUUUUCAUAACUCAAAGACUGAUGUCAUCCAAAUGUUUGCACUGUGAGCCCUGUCAAGGCCAGACCGUGAACAGCACUAGGCUGUUUUCCUCUCAAUGACUCCCACUCUUUGCAUUGACAAGGAUGUAAAUUGUGACCCACUGUCAGACAGGCAGUAACAUUAACUGACCAAAAUAAUCUCAGCUCUCACAGCAGAGCCUGAGGGAGACUUUUUUUUUUCUCUUUAGCGAAGCAAAACGCAGCUCCAUGCUCAGUCUCAGUGAAGGAGAAAAGACAUGAGUUGUCUUGCGCGUGUGUCGUGUAUGUGUGUGUGUGUGCCUGUAUGUAAAGCCUAUGUCAGCUCAGCUCAAGGAUGCUAUGAGUUAAUUUCCAAUGAGACAGGCAGUAAUGGCUGCAGGCGCUGCGACGUAGAGAUAAACAGUUUGUUUAGACCACGCUACAGGCUGACGGACCUGCAAACACUGUUUCCGCUGCAUUCUGGGUAAAUGCACAACUCAGCAUCACGCAGCUGUCACCGCUGUCCUCUCAGUCACCCCCUCAGCUGACCAAUCGGCUUCUCCCGUUCGCUGACAGCCGACCAAUGGGCAUGCGCCUCUCUUUUUAUCCGCAGUCAUGGCAGGAGCUCAGCGUGUGUUUCAUGUGUGUGUGUGUGAUGGCCCAUUUUUGUUUGUUUCUGAAUUAUUCAUGAGUCCAGUGUUGAUCUUUGACAUGCAAGGAUUGCUCAGCAAACACAAAGCAACACAGUGAUGUAAUUGUGAUAAUGUUGAUGCACCAGCUCUUUAUUAGUCUCUUUAUUUUGAAUCUAAAUUGGUCCCUGUCAUAUCCGUACAAGCACUGCUCCAUUAAUUGCCUUGACUAGGUCGGGUUAAGUACAGUACAUUUCCUUGCACAUUUGGGUAUUACUUUCAUCCUUGUAGCUAACUGUAAAGAACCAUCUUUGGUUCCUUUUGUGCAAAAUAGACACAAGCUGAGAUUUUUGUUUAUUUUUGUGUAAUGAAGCAGUUUAAAAAAAAGAGAACAUUUCUGCCCCAGGUGUUAUACAUGCAGUAACAUGUGAGAAGGUGCUCUAACAUUGCAAACCUGUCAGUAUGCAAA